AAGUGAUUCAAUCUGAAGCUGAUCGAAGGAAAUAUGGAAAAAACGACAUCUGACUGCUUCAGUGAGCGCGACUUUGUAUUUGCUCAGGCUACCGGCUAUGUGCCUUGGCCGGGAAUUCUCAAGAAGAAACUCUUUCGAGCUGGAGUGGUGGAGUUUUUGUUUCACAAAUGAGACCAAGGUCAUUCCUUACGAAAAAUUAUGGCCUUAUGACGAUCGGAGCAAAGCGCAGUUUAUUACAAGCCAGAAUAUGGAGUACGAGGAAUUUCGCGAAGCGAUUUGCAUUGUCGAGAAACUUCGGUCUGGCGAUGUGGAUAUUAGUACUGAGGGCGCAGGAUGGCAGCUGGUAUCUCCAGAAGAGCUGCCACCUGGAAUGCCAUUUUCAUUGGAGCAGAGUCGGGCAGACUGGGAACUAAACUAUGUGCGAGAGGUGCGUUUGGAGCGGGAUUCCUUGAGCGUCGAGGGGAAAUUUAUCCACGUGCUAAACGUCCUACGCAGCAGCUUGACGCUAAAAAAACAGGAUUACCCAUCCGCUCUGUGGGCCUUCCAGGAGCUGCAAGAGCUGGCCCUCAGCGAACUUCUCUUGGUGCGCAACUUCGAAGCCGUGGAAGCGAUGCAUCACUUAUGCCGCUUCGCUUCCACACAGCCGCAAGACCGACUCUGUGCGGAUCAGGUGAAAAAUCUUGCCAUCCAACAAAUGGAACGCUUUGCGUCGCACUUUAAGCAGUCAUUUGGCACUCAAGAUUUCUGGUCCGAGUAUUGUUUGCGAUCCAGAAUCUACCGAAGUCACACCGUGGACAUCAAGCCCAAUUAAAAUCGAAAUUUUAAACAAAAUUAACAAUAAUCAAGAAUAAUAAAGAAUAGCAUGGCCUGAAAUACAUACUAUGCAAAAUAAAACCGUUAUAUGGAUUUAAGAUUUUUAUUAUUAACUUAAUAAUGCAAAAUACUUAUUUCGAAAA